ACACCUACUGCAAACCCCACCCACGUCACCGAGUCCCCGCCUCGCUCUUUUCAGUCGUGACUCGCCGCUCUCAAAGGAAAGGAAGAAACACCGGGGCUCGGUGUGCUUGUAAGCAGUUGCAGGUUCGGGUUGUACGUAGUCUGAUCGCGCUGUUAUGUGUUCCCGUUAUUUCGUGGGUGCUCGUCCCUCGCAGUUAUGGUGAGCCCGGAGGAUGGACCCGGACGACGUGUCAGUGAGGGAGCAGAUAUUCCACAACAGGGUCCGGGAGAGCAUCAUCUGUACCCUUCUCUUCACCUGCCUCUACAUCGUCUCCUACACGAUCAUCACUCGCUUCAAGAAGAGCGCAGACUUCGCUACAGAUGACAGCGAGGAUGCGACUGUCAACAGAAUUGCGCUGUGGCUGUGCACCUUCACUCUGGCCGUGUCCGUGGGAGCGGUGCUGCUCCUGCCCUUCUCUAUCCUCUCCAACGAGAUCCUGCUCUACUUCCCCCAGAACUACUACAUCCAGUGGCUCAACGGCUCCCUCAUCCACGGGCUCUGGAACCUGGUGUUCCUCUUCUCCAAUCUCUCCUUGGUCUUCCUGAUGCCAUUCGCCUACUUCUUCACUGAGUCCGAGGGGUUCGCUGGAUCCAAGAAGGGUGUGAUGGCGCGGGUGUAUGAGACCUCCGUGGUGCUGCUGCUCCUGACCCUGCUGGUGCUGGGGAUCGUGUGGGUGGCGUCGGCCAUCAUGGACAACAACGCUGCCAGCCGGGAGAGCCUAUACGAUCUGUGGGAUUAUUACCUGCCCUAUCUGUACUCCUGCAUCUCUCUGUUCGGAGUCCUGCUGCUGCUGUUGUGCACCCCGUUUGGACUCUCCCGCAUGUUCAGUGUCACAGGGCAGCUUCUCGUCAAGCCCAGGCUCCUUGAGGAUCUUGACGAAACCCUCGACUGUGUUGGCUUUGAGGAGAUGGCUCUCUCCCGGAAACUCAGCGGGAACACGUCUUGUUGGAUAAACUUGAACGUAGAGGCGUUGAAGCAGCAGUUCCUCGCCAUCCAGGCCAGACGCAUCGCCCUGGAGAUGCGGAGGAGGGCGUCUCCAUGGCAACGCAAUCUGGGUUACCCACUCGCCAUGCUGCUGUUACUGGCUUUGACGGGCGUGUCAGUGCUGAUAGUUUGUUUCCAUGUGUUGGAGUUGCUGAUUGAUGAGGCAGCCAUGCCCAGAGGAAUGGAGGACCCCGGCCUGGGAAAGGCCUCCUUCUCUGUGUUUGGCUCCUUCGGGGCAGCUGUGCAGGUCGUGCUCAUCUUCUACCUGAUGGUGUCCUCUGUGGUGGGGUUUUACAGCUCCCCUCUCUUCAUCAAACUGCUGCCCAGGAAACAGGACACUGCAAUGACCAAGAUCAUUGGGAACUGCGUGUCCCUGCUGGUCCUGAGCUCGGCACUGCCUGUCUUCUCUCGAACUCUGGGCAUCACUCGUUUUGACCUGCUGGGAGAUUUUGGCCGGUUUAACUGGCUGGGGAAUUUCUACAUCGUCUUCCUGUACAACAUGCUGUUCGCUGGACUCACCACCAUGUGCCUCGUCAACAAGUUCACCUGGGCCGUGCAGGCCGAGCUCAUCCGGGCCUUCGGUCUUCACAAGCUGCCACUGCCAGUAUCGCGAGCCAGGAAUUCCACCAAACUCAUCUCAGCCAGUGGGCUUUUGAAGGUCCAGUAAUGUCACCAAAGACCUCCGUUACCUAGCAACAUCUCAUCUGAGCCAAGGACAGAUUGCUACAGAGUUGCCAAUCUGCCCAGACAUUUUUAUAAAAAAAAAAAAAAAAAAAGUUCUUAUUUUGAGGUACAGUCAGUAGGAGCUUAGCCAAUGAGAUUGGAGACCGUACAGGUGGUUGACCAAUCAUAUACUGGAGACUUGGACCAGUGCUGUUCAUUUUGGAAUCUGUUAAAUCUGCCUUGCUAUUGGAGGAUUUCAGUCCUGAGAUCAGGAAGUGUUCAGUAAUCUUUGGGCAAAGACAAAAGUUGAUGGAUUUAAGAGAAGAAAAUGAAAGGACACCCGCACCUGGGGACUUGUGCCUGUCUGAAUCCAGCCUGAGCCCCCACCCCCAAUAGGAAUAACUGUUCUUUUGUGAUACUAAAUGCUGGCCAUUCAACUACUGUUCACGGGUGGGUGAUGGAUUCUGUACCAAACUCAAGGAGAUAGCAACAGACUUCUGGAAUGUGUUUUUAAACUACAGACUGCUCACACAAUCGUAUAUAAGCCCUGCUCCCAGCAACCCCAAUCACUAUGCAGGCAGUCCAGACCUUCUUCAACCAGAAACUGCUGUAGCGCAUUACAGACCACGUCACAUGAGAGCUCUGUACCCAUGUGCAUUGCUCUGUGUACAUCACACUGCACGGGUGGACUCAUUACUGGACUGAGUGGGGCAUGAUGGGACUUGUAGUUCAUUCCAUUCCUGUCUGGCAGCCCCAUGGACCAAGGUCACAAGAGGAGGGAAAGGGGGUGUCCAAAAAGAAUGCCGGAUUUUAUUUUAAAAAUGGAGAUAGACCAGGCUCUCCGAGAAACAGGGUCAGCCCCCAUGUUUCUAAACCUUUUAACGAGAAAGUGGAAAUGAAGCAGUGGGAUUCGUUGCUUUCUGAUCCAAGCAGGGCCACACAUGCUGGAAACAAGAUUUUUAAAAAUGUGAUUUUAUUAAAAAAAAAAAAAAAAAAAUUAAAAAUGGACUCUCAACCAAAUCCUGGAUCCCAACGAAAACACUACAUUGUGUUUUAUUUUGUUAAAAAAUUCGACAGACUAACCAUCGUCAUGGGAAAGAGCCAAUCCACCGGUCACAUGAACUGCCUGUGGCGGGUAUUAUUGGAUGGACAAUCUUGUGUGACCACUAAAACUGUGAAAUGUUUACAUUGACAAUGAGCAGUGCAAUAGAGUAAAAGGGGAGGGUAGAUUGUGGCUAGUUUUGUGUGUAACGUUUAGUUUUCGGAUCCGUUCUUACUCUUGUGUGUGAUGUCUGCAUUGGUGGUGUUGUUGAAUGCUGGUCACUGUGAAAGUGUGAUUUACUACGGAACAGAAAAGCUGCUUGGUAAUUAACUAUGUGUGUGACGUUUGCCAUAGUGCUGUGCCACAAUCUUGAUUGCUACAGUGAUAGCCUUUGGUCAAUGUUGCCAUAGUGCUGUGCCACAAUCUUGAUUUAUUACAGUGAUAGCCUUUGGUCAAUGUGGCAAGGUAAUUUUUUAUUUUUUUUUUUUUUCCCCAAAAACAAAACUUUUAAUUAUCUGUGUGUCCAAUUUGAAAGUAAGUAACACUAAUCAGUUGUGGCACUAAGCUAUUGUUUUUAGUUAUUUCAAACUGCUUCACUACAGACCAGACAUUUGUUUGUUAGUUUAGCAGUUUGUUUAAAGUAUCUAAGGUAGUUUUUAGCUGCAGGUAGAAACACACAAAUUACUUUACUCAUUUUAAUAAUUAUAUAUAUAUAUAUAUAUAUAUAUAUAUAUAUAUAUAUAUAUAUAUAUAUAUAUUAUUAUACAACCAGCAAUAAGUUAGGACUACUGUAUAUCAUAUUUCAUCAAAAAGGAAUUACCGCCUUGCAUGUACAGUUGGGGUAUUAUAACAAAUACAAUAUUUAUAAGAAAACUUUGAUUUGUUAUUGAGUAUCAAAACGUCAAUAUCUUGGCAUAUCUCUGGCAGGAUUGUUGGUAACCAAGAUGGCAUUGCUUCAUGGCAACACAAAGGUCAGUUUGUGUGUGUGUGUGUGUGUGUGUGUGCGUGUGCGUGCAUCUCUGCGUGUGCAUCUCUGCUUGUGUCUGUCUCAACUCUGCCCAGGAAAGGGACACACAUUUUUUUUUCCAAAUAAAAACAGUCUUGAGUUUU